AUGGCAUCCUCACCCUCACCCUCAUCAUCUCCCACCAAACCAUCACCCUCUAAGACAAUGAUGACUAGAAGACGGACCAGAUCAGCCGGCAGCUCCCCUGAUGACAACUCUCCCAAGAUUCAAAGACCAAGACUUCACUCUCCCAAAGCCCUAGAUGACACCCCCCCUCAGACAAAUAAACAACCUCUCCUACCAUUCCCCACCAUGGACAGCUCUGAUGACUAUGAUACACAUGGAAACGAUGACAAUGACUACCAGCAGGAGUGCACAACUAAGCCUAUAUGCGGUGUUUGCAGUGGGAAACACCCAACAAGUGACUGCAUCGACAGCACAAAAAGAAGGAAGGAGGCAACAACAGCCAGAUGCCCUAACUGCCGCAAGGGACACCAUGCAUGGUACAAGGGCUGCAUGGAAAGACUGAAAAGAAUAUGGAAUAUGAAAGGCUCUCCUUCCCCCAAGCCGACAGAAUCAACAAAAAACUCACACAAUACACAUCCAACCACCUCACACCCAACCACCUUACCCACACAGCAAGAACCCCAAAGAGAUCUCGCCAAACAAUGGCAGCACCCAAUCCAACAACACACACACAAACCACCACAAUCACACAGACCCCAACACUACCAGCAAACACAUAAAACAGGACCACAAUCACAAAAAACCCAACACCACCAGCCACCUACACAGACACAGAAACAGCAAGCAACCCCAACGAAGCCCCACGAAAACCGCGACCCCAGACUCACAGAAGGCACACUAUACACACAGAGAAACACGCAGGUCCCAAAUGCCAGACCCACUUCCUUCCUACCCUACUCCACACCAAACAGCCACUUCUCCCCACCCCAGCCCAUUCCUCCCAAAAACAUGCCCUCUUCCACCCACCCCGUUCAUGAGAGUAACACCCGUACCGGUAGAUCAGGUUAG